UUCCUUUUUUAAAUCAUUCCCUCAUUCUUCUCAUUUGACCAUGAAGGACGCGAACAUUGAAAAGCAAUAUGCCACCUCAGGGGCAAGACUGAAUAACUUUAUCCGAAUGGCCAUGUUUGUGCUCCUUGCCGCAGCCCUCUUCCAAUCAAUUCUCACGCCCAUUAGCCCCAGACGUGCCUAUUGGUGGUCCAAUAUCAAGAAUCUCGGUCGAUCGUUACAAUAUCAUGGUCAAGAUAUCAACGCCAACUUUUUCGAAGGUUGGUAUUUCAAGAUGGUUAAAGAAAAUGAAGGAUCCGAUCAUAAUAACAGUACUGUACAAGGGAUGGCCGUCAUCAUGGGCAUCUAUCGACCUCCUUUGGAAGCUCAAGACCAUCAACGUGCACAUGCCUUUGUCUUGCCGCUCGGACUCUCUGGCCCUGAGAAGUAUGCUUACUACCGCUUCCCAACCGAAGAAUUCGUCGACUUUGGUAGUCAUCUCCCUGGCGAGGAACGUGCGUUUCGCAUUCGCAUCGGAAACAAUUUGUUUGCACAUGACGAAGUCAUCCUUGACCUUCCUGUCAAAAACUUUGAGCGAAUCCCAAUUGAUGAACUCGAGGCAUUUUAUGCUGUCGCAAGCGCCGAAUAUGGACUCCAGUACCUGCAACAGGCUCGUCGGGAGAAGAAAGCCCAUGGAGAAGGUGAAGAAAAAGUUAAUGAGCAGCCACUUCCUUUGACAUUCUUCAGAGGCCUAUUCCCAAGCACAGCACAGCUGAAGGAAGCAGAGCUACUGGAACCGUUUGCAAUCAAGGCUCACUUCAAGUUUCCUGCUAAAACGCAAACACCCCUACCGAAAUCGCUUUUGUUUCCUACUAUCAUGGGUAUUACACAUUAUAUUCCAUUCCUUGAAUGUAAUCAUGGUGUUGCCUCGUUACAGCAUCCCAUCCAAUACGGUCGAAUUAUGACAUUAUAUGGUAACAACUCGAUCGUAUCCGAAGCGACCUUUGAUGGUGGCAUAGGCUACAUCGAGAAGGAUUGGGGAAUUAAUUUUCCUUCCACAUGGUUCUGGGCACAAACCAACAUGUUUAGGAAAUCUCCAGGGUCAUCAAUGAUGGUUUCGGGCGCGUCUGUGCCUUGGUUGGGUCCUGAUGUUACUGACUGGAUCGCCACACACCUGCCAAGGGCUUUACCGCUUACAAGAUUCGCUGGGAUGUUGAUCAUCUACUAUGACGCAGCCUCCAAGACCCUAUACAAUUUCUCAUCAUAUAUGCCCCUAGCUCGUAUCAAGCAUCUCAGAUUCGCCUUGGAUGUGGAAGCAGGCACUCAAACAAUGUCCCUUCACGCGACAACUAAAGAUCCCAACGGUAAUUUAUGGGAGAGAGUAGCUUUAGAGAUCAAUGUGACUAGAACGAUGGGCACAGGAUACCCAUUACGUGCUCCAAAUCGCAUGAGGGGUAAAAUGGCCGUAACAGUUGAAGAGACUGUUGUGGCCAAAACUCGAGUCAAACUCUGGCGCGUUCGUUCGGGAGAGGUCCUUGUAGAUGACGAAGGAAUAGGAAGUGGGGCUGAAAUCGUUGGCGACGCCUUAUGGUUAGAGAACAGGAUUAACUCGUAGCUAUUCCAUGCAUAACUGCAAUAG